UUUAAUUUCAUAUGCUUUCCGAAGUUACUUCGGCGUUCCUUAAAACGAAGGAGUCGUGCCAUGUGCUUCACUGCCGAACUGCUCCAGUGCUGAGGAAGAACACGUGUUCACAGGCGCGCCUCCACCCGGAUAUGACGCAACUCUCUGGGACCAAACCCUAAACGAACAACGUGUGGGACCGUUACAAAGCAUAUCAGGAGCGAGCACAACUGGAACAAUUGAUAUGGAAGAAAUGAUGCAGUAUAAAGGUUAAUGUAUGACUGCGCUUGACGAGCUCGUUAUUUCCGCUGGUCUGUUUCGUGAAGAGUAAUGUAGCGGCGCUGUCCGUCUGUCAAAACAAACAACUAGCUCAGGCUGUAGAUAGUGUUAGAAUAGCCUUCCUUGUGGUAAGUACAUUGAUAGUCGCGUAGUUGAGUUUCAUGAACGCAGCUGUCAAUAGGCUUCGUCUUCAUGCCAUUAUUAUUGUGAGAAACUUGAGAAAUGAACGCACGGCUCCUUUACCUUAUUUUCACCUCGCAGCUCUGUCUAAUGUCUUUACUCCGAGUGUAUUUACGGAAGGUGAGGCGGAGGCUGGAGCUGUGGAGAGAGGUGGGCCGCCAAUAUCCUGUCUUCUGCUUUCUUCUUGUACUCCUGCUUCUGUCUACUGUCUUACUGAAUAGGUAUCUUCACAUUAUUGUAAUUUUUUGGUCAUUCUUAGCGGGAGUGGUUACCUUUUAUUGCUCCUUGGGGCCUGAGACGCUGCUUCCCAAUGUCCUCAUAACAAUUAAACCUAAGAAAAAGGUACACUUAAAAAAAGUAAUUUGUCCACUAUACAGUGAGGAACCUGAGCAGCAAGAGCUGUUUCCUUUCGCCCACAGCUGUGCCGUCUGUGGGAAAAUUAAAUGCACAAGACACAGACCAACAUUGCUUCUAGAAAACUAUCGGCCAUGGUUGGAUCUAAAAGUUCACUCCAAGGUGGAUGCGUCUCUUUCAGAGAUUCUUGAGCUCGUCCUUGAAAACUUUGUGUACCCAUGGUACAGGGAUAUUACAGAUGAUGAGGCAUUUGUGGAUGAUCUCAGAGUGACCUUGCGCUUUGUAGCUGCGGUGCUGGUUCGCCGAGCACAGAGAGUUGAUAUUCCAUCUCUCAUAACACUCAAACUACUUAAAGUUGCCAUGAAACACAUUGAAAUAAUUGCCAAAGCAAGACAAAAAGUGAAGAACUCGGAGCAUCUGCAGCAGGCUGCGUUAGAGGAGUAUGGCCCUGAUCUGCAUGUGGCCUUGCGCAGCAGGAGGGAUGAGCUGCUCUACCUACGCAAGCUUACUGAGAUACUUUUCCUAUAUAUUUUGCCUCCAAAAGCUACUGACUGCAGAUCUCUUACUCUUCUGAUAAGAGAGGUUCUUGCUGGCUCUGUAUUCCUUCCUUCCAUGGAUUACUUGGCUGAUCCUGAUACUGUGAACCAGUUGCUGCAUAUUUUCAUUGACAACUCUCCACCUGAAGCUGCCACUGAACCGGCCUCUGCAUUUGUCCCAUUUCUGCAGAAGUAUGCAGACAUACGCAACAAUAAGUCUUCAGUGUUAAAGCUAGAACUUAAGGAGAUUCGGGAGCAGCAAGACCUGCUGUUUCGCUUCAUGAACUUCCUCAAGCAAGAAGGGGCUGUUCAUGUGCUGCAGUUUUGCCUCACUGUUGAAGAGUUUAAUGAUAAGAUCCUUCGUCCAGAACUUUCUGAUGCUGAAAAACUGAUGCUACACGAGGAGGUGAAAAAGAUAUAUGAAACAUACUGCCUUGAUGAGAGCAUUGACAAAAUUCGCUUUGACCCAUUCAUUGUUGAGGAGAUCAGGAACAUUGCAGAGGGCGCAUAUGCUGACGUCGUAAAACUGCAGACUAUGCGCUGUCUGUUUGAAGCCUAUGAACAUGUUCUUUCCUUGUUGGAGAAUGUUUUUACUCCAAUGUUCUGCCAUAGUGAUGAGUAUUUUAGGCAGCUGUUGAGGGGGGCAGAAUCCCCAACUAGGAGCUCCAGACUUGGCAGAAAUAGCGUGAGUUUGGAUGACAUCCGGAACACAUCAAAGCGAGGAGAAUCAUUUGGCAUCAGCCGCAUCGGCAGUAAGAUUAAGGGGGUUUUCAAGAGUACCACCAUGGAAGGGGCCAUGCUGCCCUCUUAUGGAUUAGCAGAGGGAGAGGAUGAUAUGGUUGAGGAGGCCAUCAUGGUUAUGGAGGAUGACUUGCCCGUGGAGGCUAUCAGUACUCCAAGUACACCUCGUAACCUGACAGCCUGGAGCAUCACUAUCCCCUAUGUGGACUUAUUUGAUGAUGAGGUGAAGAAGGAGAGGAUUCCUGUGUAUUGCAUAGAUGUGGAGAGAAAUGACAGGAGAGCAGUGGGUCAUGAGACAGAACAUUGGUCUGUUUACCGAAGAUACCUGGAAUUUUAUGUUCUUGAGUCAAAACUUACCGAGUUUCAUGGCUCAUUCCCUGAUGCACAACUUCCAUCCAAGCGGAUAAUUGGACCUAAAAACUAUGAGUUUUUAACAUCCAAGCGUGAGGAAUUUCAGGAAUACCUACAGAAACUCCUGCAACACCCUGAGUUGAGCAAUAGCCAGCUGCUGGCAGACUUUCUCUCCCCUCACAGCGUGGAGUCGCAGUUUCAUGACAAGAUGUUACCUGAUGUCAAUCUUGGGAAGAUAAUUAAAUCUGUACCUAGCAAACUAAUCAAAGAGAAAGGCCAGCACCUAGAACCAUUUAUCCAGGCUUUCUUCAACUCAUGUGAAUCGCCGAAACCCAAACCCAACCGGCCUGAACUCACAAUCCUCAGCCCCACGUCGGAAAACAACAAAAAGCUUUUUAAUGAACUAUACAAAAACAAUGCAAAUCGCUCAGAGGUCACAGAGAAGAGGCACAACCAGAAUUACUUUAUGGAGAUGAUCACCGUAGAAGGAGUUUAUGAUUACUUAAUGUUUCUAGGACGAGUGGUAUUUCAUAUACCUGAUUGGUUACAUCAUCUCUUAAUGGGUGGGCGCAUCCUGUUUAAAAACACACUGGAGGCAUAUACUGACUACUAUCUGCAGAACAAACUAGACCAGGUGUUUCAAGAGCAUCGUGUGGUUUCACUUAUCACUCUGCUCAGAGAUGCUGUAUUCUGUGAGAACAGUGAACCACGCUCUUUAGAAGACAAGCAAAAAAGAGCCAGAAAAACAUUCGACGAAAUGAGGAAUUACAUUCCAGAUUUGCUUGGAAAGUGUAUUGGAGAGGAAGCAAAAUAUGAAGGGAUAAAGCUCCUCUUUGAUGGACUUCAGCAGCCAGUUCUUAACAAGCAGCUGACAUACAUCCUGCUUGAUGUAGUAAUUCUGGAGCUUUUCCCCGAAUUAAACAAAGUACAGAGAGAAACUUCUGUUAUGGCUCCAUGGAUGUAGAAAAAUCCACCACAAGAUUGUCGCAGUUUUCUAUAUCUCUGCAUGUGCAACAUCUUACUUAAAUGCCCAAAGAAUUAUAUACACUAGUGUAUUUUUGAGACAAAUGUACAAAGCAUGACUUGUCUAUAUAGAUUGCCGUGCAGGGUAGGCUAUAUAGAAUGGAUGUACUGAACUGCCUUGAAAUGCCCAUGACUACAUGAAGUAAAAUUUAUACCAUGUUUUAAAAUACUGGCCGUUAAAACAGGAAAUGAUGAAUGGUACAGACUUUUUUUUGUUUUUUUGACAACACAGCACUGACCUUUGCAAAACACUAAAUAGGUUGCAGUGCACUGUAUUACAAACUUUGUGAACAAGUUCUUAAUUGUGAAUUCCUUAAGACCCAAUUAAGACAUUUUAUGUUGCUUAAUCAAACUGUCCGUAAAUAAAAAAUGUGGACUAGAGUGUGUUUUCAGAGAAGCAUUUGUAGGUAGUGAGCACUACUAUCCAUCCUGACAUUACCCACUAUUCUGACUAAAACACUCUUAUGAUGUCUUAUGAUGCAAGUGUGUGUUUACAUGUGCCACAAUAAAAUAUUUUAUAUAACACACCUGUCUGUGUGUGCUAAAAUGUACAUCCAACGGUUAGUACUGAUUUUAUUAACAAUUGGUUAAGGGUUGUAUUGGAUAUUUGACCGUAUGUGGGAGAGUCUUGCUAAGGAUGCACUAGAGACCUGUUAUCUCUGCUGUUAUAUUUUUAAUAUUUGAGUGAUUAAAGAAGGAGACAUCACUGCCCUGGUGAAAAACAAUAGAAACCAUCACAGAAAUUGUAAUUGUAUCCACUACAAAUACCAUUACAAGCCAUCAGCUAACCAUUAAAACCAUUACCAUUAUUGGUCCUUAAUGGUAUCCACUAGACAUAACAUUUACAUUUACAUUUAUUCAUUUAGCAGACACUUUUAAGCAAGCGACUUACAAAUGAGAAAAUUCAAGCAAAACAUGCCACCAAUAGAAUACAACAGAUUACCACUAGAGACCCACAGGGGCCAUUACAGUUUCCAUUAAAACCAAUACAAUUCCUAUUAUGACCAUUAAAACCAUUACAAAUUCUAUGAGGGGUUCUGUUGUUUUUUGAGCAGGGUGUCCUUCUAAAAGACUGAAUUUACUGAAUUAUGUAGUUUACUGUCGUCUGGAAAGAGCAUAUGUGUAGUGAGUUUGAGUUUUGUUACCUGUAACUUUUCUUUUUGGUUGUGAUCUACAUCUGUCUAGUUAGCUAUGCAAAAAG